CAUUGUAAAGCAAUUAUACUCCAAUAAAGAUGUUUUAAAAAAUAAAUAAAUAAAAUAAUACUUUCACUGCAAUAAUUAAAGUGGCGUCCAAGGAGUAUAUAAAUGUAGAAAGGAUAGAAAAAUGAAAGAAAAAAUAGGUAGUUGCAUAUCUCAGUGGAUUUUUUUCUGCCCCUCUUUUCCAUGUAAUAAGCACUACUUCUAUCUGGAACUAAUGGUGAUAGUAAUAACCAGAAUGUAUGGAGCAUUUAUUAUAUGUCACAUACUGUUGUAUGUGCUUUGUGUGUAUUAACUCAUUUGAACUUCACAAUGACCUCAUGAUUAUAUCAGGACCGUUGAUAUUGAGAGCCCCCAAAACAUUAAAACAACUUGUUUUUCAUCUCAAAAAAAUAAAUAAAUUAAAAAAAUAAAUAAAGGGCUUCUCUUAGCUGUUUCUCUUUCGACUUGAGUCCCUGGUGGCCAUUUUGCUCUGCCAUGCUGUCCUUCAGCUGGGCAUUGUAGGACUAAUAUAAUUUCCUUAACAAAUGGGGAUGCCUUGGGGGAUCUUCUUUUAGGCUGCUACUUUCUUUCCUGACAUCUGUUGAGCACCUGCAAAUGCUAAAUAAUGUCCCAAUUGCUUCAUGUAGUCAUUGUGAUAUAAUUUAAAUCUCCAUCACAACCUUGGGAGCUUGGGAUGAAAUGGAAACUGAGAGAGGUGUCAUGGCUUGUCCAAGGUCACACAGCUAAUUUCCAGGAAAGCGAGGAUUCUUUCUGCCUUUAAACCUAAUCUGCUGGCUCAUACAACAGACUAUCCAUUUUAGUCAAGACCCUUUAGGCUGCAAGUGAUAGAAAUUCAUCUAAAACUUGCUUAUGCGAAAAGCGACAUUUGUUGACGUACCUACGGAGGUACGUCAGGGCUGGACUCAGGUAGCUUAGGUGGGGUUAUCAGAAAUGUGUUGCUUUCCAUUCAGCUCUUGUUUCCUAUCGUUGACUUAUUCUUUAUGCAGGCCUUCCCCAAGUGGUGGCAGAAAUGGCUGUAGUGUCUCCAGGCUUAUUUCUCACCCCAGUGGAGUAGUCCCGGUGGAAAGAGAGAACCUGUUUCCCAAGGGUUUCAACCAAAGUCCCAAGAAAGGCUCCUAUUGGCCCAGCUUGGGUCACAGGCUUAUCCGUGAGCCAAUCACAGUGCAGGAGGGUGUGCUGUUCUGAUUGGAUGGACGUGGGUCAUUUGGUCCUCUUGGAGUUGGGGACUGGGAUUGUGGGUUGCUGAAAGGACAAGAUGGUUCUUUAUUGGAAGAAAGAAUGCCAAAUAGGCAGAAACAAAAGUGUGAACCGCAUCCCUCUGGCCCUUGAAGCUCCGUCAUCCAUGGUGCUCCCUUGGUCUACUUGCCACCUGCUGAGCAACAUCUCUUGUCUGGCCUUGGUUUGACAAUAGCGUUCCCCCCUCCCAGGUUCUAACUGUCAGUUGUUCUCUCUCACCACCUGGGACAAGUGAGGCUUCCUGGCUAUCACUCUCUCUUGGCGGAGUCAGCUCUUGCCCAGACAUUGAACAGAUGCGGGGAGAUGUCAGGCCUCGACUUUUCAGUGCUGGAGCCCCUGUUCUUCAGCCCCAGGGUGGGGGUGAGGUGCUCCUGGGGAAGGUAAAGCUGGGAGAGCAGAGGAAUUGUGUGUGUGUGUGGGGGGGAGGUUGCAUGUCGAGAGAGCCUUACCCCGUAAUUGGCACCAGGAAACAAGGGCCCAACAGGCUGGGGACUCCCCCAAACUCUCUCUUUCAUCAUUAGUAAAUGAGCACUUUUCCAAGGAUGGUCUGAGACCUCCUUUGCCAAAGCAGCUGGCGAAUUCAGCUUCCCCCUGCUGUUUCUGAAUCUCGGGGGGCAGGGGCGGUGAAGAAUCAGAGAUUUUAACCAACUCCCCACCCAGGCAGUGCCGUCACACACUGCGGGUUGAGGUCCUCUGGUAGAUGACUGUCUUUGAAUUGGCCGAGUUUCCCCUGCCUUAGGUUUUUCUUGGAUUCUCCUUCCUCCUGAUGGAACUAUUCACCUCGUUUAUCCAAUUUGAGGGAUUGCCCUUGUUCAGAUCUGAACUGCUCCUUUCAGAGUAAGGAGGUAUCACUGUUGGGGCUUGGGAGUGAGUCUGAAGUGAGGAAUCCAUUUUAGAAGAGAUCAGCAUUAUUGUUUUCCAUCUAGUACUUUCUGAGUCUCAAGACAUCCAUUGGAAAUGACAUGAAAAGAGCGGAUAGCGCACAGUGAGUCUACAUUCUUAGUAAGAAACGCUGACGCCUAAAGCCAGUGGCACAUCAGGAUUGGUCACAAGAACUGGGAGUCACAGACGUGCUGGAGCCUUUGGCUUGGGAAAGCUCAGUGAUUAAUACGACACCACAUUUCAUUGGUUCAUAAGUUAAGACCCUAACACUUGGUUGAGUAAAAUAUUACAUUUACUUACUUCAAGCUUUCAAAAAUCUCUUUAGCCAAAGAACCCUUUCACAAAGGAAGUCUUACAGAGGAGCUCAAUCUAUUAAAUAGGUAAAAGCAAUUUUUUUUAAUUGGGGAGGGAGGGCCAUGUUAUGACUUUCGUGGGCCCCAGAUACUCUUGCCUUUGUGGGCUCCUUCCUUCAUAAAAAUAUUAAAAAUUACAUUUUAUGACUGCAUUGCUAUAAAGAUGAGUGUAUUAAUAUUAUCUGGUAAAUAUUUUCUCUGACCUAAAAAUUCAGUUUCUUUAUUUUGAUUUUAAAGAAAUUAAAGCACUUUUGUGGGCCCAAGCACUGUGACUCCUUUGCCUGGUGGGGAAGUCGGCCCUGACGAGACAGGUCCUGGCCUGACCACCUCCUGGUUGGCCCCUGAAGCAGGCUGGAGGAGAGGAACCCAGUUGGAGGACCAUGGCACAGACUCAUCACUUGUACCGGUAGACACCGGUCUACCUCACUGUGGAAGAACCAUAACAUAUCACAAUAAGGAUGGAAUGUCAAAGUCAUUCUCCUCCUUCCCCCCCCAAAAACCCAGGUCUUGUCCUUCAGUCUCUAAAGCAUCAUUCCUACGAAGAGAUCAUCUCCCCAGCCUCUGCUUGAACCCCUGUAGGGACAGGGAGCUCAUUACUGUGUUUGGGUUCUUUCUGGUCCAAUUCCAUAAGACUUCACGGUACCCAGCAAGCCCCUGGGUUGAUCACCAUUUAUCCCCUAAGCCAGUGGAUCCUGUAGUGCCCACGCCAUUGCUGAGGUGGGGUAGGAGUCUGGGGUUUGAGGUGCAGCUUUUGCCCCUCCACUGCUGUGUGAGCCGAGCAAGGACACUCUCCCUCAUUGAGCCUGAGAUGCCUCAUUUGGACGUGAUGGUCCUUGCACGUAUCGCUAUCGUGUGAUGCUAGAGGGAGACUAAGGCUCGUCCUGGGCAGGGAUUGCUUGCAGCCCAGGUUCUUCUGGGAUGUAGAGAGCUUGUUGGCUCUUGCUUGGAGUUCAAGGGCCAGAGACUCUGUAUGUCCCUGUCCCCCUGGUUCCAGGAGGGGCACUGUUAAACCACAGGAGAAAAUCUGCGGAGGAAGGGAAGGGUCGGGUGGUUCAGGAUGACCACUCCACUCCUGGUCCCCUAGUCGGCUGCUGAUUGAGGUUUUUCUCCUGAGGUUUCAGAACAUUUGGCCACCCCACAGUGCCUCAUGGUGCUGUGUGCUUGCCCGCUCUGGUUGGGGGAGAGGAGAAUGAGGACGGUGACGUGCUUUCCUCCCUGGGGCUUCCUGGCCCCAAAGCCUGGGCUUGCUCAGAAAUGAGCAGCAGUUCAGCACAGUGGGAAGGUUCCUUUUCUACCCCUCCUCAUCCAGCCUCUCCUAGUCGGUGGUGCUUGGAAGAGGGAUGCACCCCUUUCCCCGCCCCUGGUACUUAUGGCCCAGCCUAUCCUUAUGACCCUCCAUGCUGCCCCUUGUCCCUGCCACAUUAGACGGCUCUCCUGGACACACCCAUGGUUUCUCACCUCCGCGCCAGGGGCAUGCUGUCGCUGCUGCCAGGGCAGUUGGUGCGAUGGCUUCCCAGACCACAGAGAGAGAGUUGGUGCGAGGUGAGUCCCCGUCCUGGCCUCUAAGUGGGGGAGCAUGCUGCCCGGCCGGCUUCUAAUCCACGCCUGGUAUUUGCUCACCUGGCUCCUGCUCUGCACUUUGUAAUUAUUGAUUCCUGCCGCGUCCACUUACCGUGAGCCAGCUGGGAGGACUUGCCGUCGAGCUUGGAAGUUCCUGGAAACAGUGACUUAUUACUCGCCUAAUGAGCGUGUGUCUGCCAGCCAGGUGUGUCCAGGAGAAAGCAUGAGUGCGUGAGGUGCUGGACAGGACAUCUUCGUGGACACUGGAUGAAUUUUCCUUUCUCUCGAGUCUGGACCUUCAGGGCUGUUUCCUCUCUCGCCAUUACGUUUUUACUUAAAUAACUCAUCCGAUUAUGCGUCAAGGGAAAAGUCAGUUUCAUAGGGCUGUUCAUCUGAAAUCACUUUUCUCCAUCCGUCCGUCCGUCCCUCCCUCGCUCCCUCCCUCCCUCCUAUCCCAGCCACCAGGGAGCUCACGGUCCAGUGGGAGAGAUAGGAAGCCCGAUGCUGAGUGAAUUCCAAAUUAGUGCAGAACUUCCUGCUUUCUAAGCAGCAUCUUCUCCCAGAAUCUUUCUGUUUUGUUUAAAACAAAGUUUGUUUUACUUCAUUAUAAAAAGUAGCAAAUGUUCUUAGUUGAAAAAAUUGGAAAACACAGAAAAGUCUGAGGAAGAAAGAAAAUCACCUCUAGGUCCCUACCGGAUGCUUACACCUUUGACGUUUUGACCUUCUGUUUCUUUGUUUUCUUUUUUAACCAAUGGGUGCAAUAGAUACAAUUUCUCUCCUGCUUAGAAGGAAAAAGCUCAGCUUAUAAGAUUAGCCUUUCCCAGCUUUAUUGUAAAUCCUGCGGUUUUGGCUGUAGGGUGUUCCAUGAAGUGGCCGUAUCCUAGUUUACCCAGCAGUGCCCUGUUUGGGGGAUAUUUUGCUAUUUCCGGUCUUCCCCUAUUGUAAAUAAUGCUGUGAAGAAUAUCUUAUAAGUGAAUUGGUUUUCGUGUUUUGGAUUGUUUCCCAGACUUUGUCAUCUAGAAGGAGUCUUAGUGAUUGCCCAGACCACUUCUCCAUCUUUAGUGUGUGUGAGCAUCACCAGGGGGGCUUGUUCAAAUGCAGCUCCCUGGGCCUCACCCCCAGAGGUUCUGAUUCAGUGGGUGAGGGUGGUGCCCGAGAGUCUUGCGUCCUAACAAGCUUCCAGGUGGUGCUGAUGGUGCUUGGAUGUGGACCACACUCCAAGUAGCAUCAACCAGCCUCCCCUGGGUGGUGAGGGAAGUUGAGGCCUACGAGUUGGGAAGAGUGGGUGAUGGGUGACCAUUGCCUGGGCCCGGCCAGUUGGUGGUUUCCACGCUGGGUCACGGAUCCCCAUGCUUUGCUGCCCCUGCUGCCUGGGGAACCUGCAGGAGAACGCAGCAUUCAUCCACAUGAGGGGAUCUCCUCCAUCGAAGUGUUUCAGCCACUCAGGGCAGGCAGAUGCUGGGUGCGGAUGUGAGCUUAGUGUUGGGAUACAGGUGGGACCAGGGUAAGAACUAGUUUAGGAAAGAAACCGGCGGAGACUGUGGUGAUACAUUUUAAACGAGAGUGAGUGACAGCCCCUCUAGGAUGCGAGGGGUUAAACAGGCGGCUGGUACAGCCUCCCCGGAGCCAAAGGGGGAACUCAGGAGUAAGUCAUGACUGCCUAAUUAAUUCAAUUAAACUACUUCAUAAGCUCCACUGGUGUCAGUAAAUUAUUAAAGUCGAUUAAAAAAUCAGUGGGACGUGAUGAGGGUUUGGGGAUGCUGUAGCUUCCUUCCUGCUGUGGGUGCGGACGCCCUGUCUGGUACCCCUGCCAACCUACUGUGUGUGCUGAGGCCGGUCCCACCCCCCUGAGCUUUGGUUUCCUAUCUGCACAGUUGAGUGAUGGACUGGCUGUUGAACCCCCUGUCGGCACCAGAGUUAUGAGGAUUUUCCAGUCCCUUUGGUCAGAGGCAGCUGUUGCUACAGAUGCGCUGCCCCAUCUCUGCCCUUCCUUCUCAUCAGGCUCAUCUGGGCAGUUUCUAGGGGAGGCUGUGGGGACAGUGACCCAAAGGGGAGGUGCAGGCUCUGGAGAGAGAGUGAGAGAGUGGACUUCACCUAACCCCUAACCCUUGUGCCAGUCAGGGGCUGCUCGCAGGUUCUCAUUCAGCACCCCCUCCGCAGGCUCUUACAGGUGAGGAAAUGGAGGCUCACAGGACUCCGAGCGACCUACCCACGAGUACCUGGUGGAGUUGAGAUUUGAAUUCAGGGCUGCCGUGCCUCAAAGUCCCCGUGGCUGACUGCUUUCCUCUGCAGACGAAUUUAAAAUACAGCUGCAUCCCCUGGCCAAACCCUACAACGUGCAACAUUGCAUUCACGGGAAAGAAAACACCGAAAUGUUCUUUUUCUCUAGUUAGUAUCCAGAUGUGAGGAACCGAGGAGAGGGAGUGACAUCCCAGUCCCUAGAGGCUGACGGAGCCAGUGCAGCUGGAAGGAAAAGUACGGCAAGCAGGGAGCGCUUGAAGCGCAACCAGAAGAGCACCAAGGUGGAGGGGCCAGAGCCUGUGCCGGCCGAGGCCUCGCUGAGCGCCGAGCAGGGAACGAUGACGGAGGUGAAGGUCAAGACGGAGCUGCCCGAUGAUUACAUCCAGGAGGUGAUCUGGCAGGGCGAGGCCAAGGAGGAGAAGAAGGGGGUGAGCAAGGAUGGGACCGGCGACGUGCCUGCCGAGAUCUGCGUGGUGAUUGGCGGUGUCCGCAACCAGCAGACCCUGGGUUCCUACGAGUGUGGAAUCUGUGGCAAGAAGUAUAAAUAUUACAACUGUUUCCAGACCCACGUACGGGCACACCGAGACACAGAAGCCACCUCAGGGGAGGGAGCCUCCCAAGGCAACAACUUCAGGUACACGUGUGACAUCUGCGGGAAGAAGUACAAAUACUACAGCUGUUUCCAGGAGCACCGAGACCUGCACGCAGUGGAUGUGUUUAGUGUGGAAGGGGCCCCUGAGAAUCGGGCAGACCCCUUCGACCAAGGUGUCGUGGCCACUGACGAGGUGAAGGAGGAGCCCCCGGAACCAUUCCAGAAAAUCGGGCCAAUGAACAAUAUUACAUCAGAAAUUUUUAAGAAGAAAGAAGUUAGGCAGUGCCAAAAGAGAGAAACCGGCAAUUAUACCUGUGAAUUCUGCGGAAAGCAGUACAAGUACUACACGCCCUACCAGGAGCACGUGGCCUUACACGCCCCCAUCAGUACUGCCCCCGGGUGGGAGCCACCGGACGAUCCAGACACAGGGUCUGAGUGUUCGCAUCCAGAGGUCUCCCCGUCUCCACGCUUCGUGGCAGCGAAGACCCAGACGAACCAGUCGGGGAAAAAGGCUCCGGCCUCCGUGGUCCGAUGCGCUACCCUCUUACACCGCACCCCUCCAGCCACCCAAACCCCGACGUUCCGCACUCCAAAUUCGGGAUCUCCGGCAAGCAAGGCAACUGCAGCAGAAAGCGCUUUCAGUCGGAGGGUAGAAGGCAAAGCACAAAACCACUUUGAAGAGACGAAUAGCAGUUCCCAAAACUCCAGCGAAACUGCAAGUCCCCUGAUUUCCAAUCCUUUCCCUCUCCUACAGAAGCCCUACACGUGCGGCGCCUGUGGAAUCCAGUUCCAGUUCUACAACAACCUGCUGGAGCACAUGCAGUCCCACGCGGCAGACAACGAGAACAACAUCGCCUCCAACCAGUCCCGAUCGCCCCCUGCUGUCGUGGAGGAGAAGUGGAAGCCCCAGGCCCAGAGGAACAGUGCCAACAACACCACGACCAGUGGUUUAACACCUAACAGCAUGAUCCCCGAGAAGGAGCGGCAGAACAUCGCAGAGCGGCUGCUGCGGGUCAUGUGUGCCGACUUGGGCGCGCUGAGCGUGGUGAGCGGGAAGGAGUUCCUGAAGCUGGCCCAGACGCUGGUGGACAGCGGCGCCCGCUACGGGGCCUUCUCAGUCACCGAGAUCCUGGGCAACUUCAACACGCUGGCGCUGAAGCACCUGCCGCGCAUGUACAACCAGGUGAAGGUGAAGGUGACGUGCGCCUUGGGCAGCAACGCCUGCCUGGGCAUCGGCGUCACCUGUCACUCGCAGAGCGUCGGCCCUGACUCCUGCUACAUCCUCACGGCCUACCAGGCAGAGGGCAACCACAUCAAGAGCUACGUGCUGGGCGUGAAGGGCGCGGACAUUCGCGACAGCGGCGACCUGGUGCACCACUGGGUGCAGAACGUGCUGUCAGAGUUCGUGAUGUCGGAGAUCAGGACAGUGUACGUGACAGACUGCCGGGUGAGCGCAUCCGCCUUCUCCAAGGCCGGCAUGUGCCUUCGCUGCUCAGCCUGUGCCUUGAACUCGGUGGUGCAGAGUGUGCUGAGCAAGCGGACGCUGCAGGCCCGCAGCAUGCACGAGGUCAUCGAGCUGCUCAACGUGUGCGAGGACCUGGCGGGCUCUACCGGGCUCGCCAAGGAGACCUUCGGCUCGCUGGAGGAGACCUCGCCGCCGCCCUGCUGGAACUCGGUCACGGACUCGCUGCUGCUGGUGCACGAGCGCUACGAGCAGAUCUGCGAGUUCUACAGCCGGGCCAAGAAGAUGAACCUCAUCCAGAGCCUCAACAAGCACCUGCUCAGCAACCUGGCCGCCAUCCUGACGCCGGUGAAGCAGGCGGUCAUCGAGCUGAGCAACGAGAGCCAGCCCACCCUGCAGCUGGUGCUGCCCACCUACGUCAGGCUGGAGAAGCUGUUCACGGCCAAGGCCAACGACGCGGGCACCGUCAGCAAGCUCUGCCACCUCUUCCUGGAGGCGCUCAAGGAGAACUUCAAGGUGCACCCGGCGCACAAGGUGGCCAUGAUCCUGGACCCACAGCAGAAGCUGCGGCCCGUCCCGCCCUACCAGCACGAGGAGAUCAUCGGCAAGGUGUGUGAGCUCAUCAACGAGGUCAAGGAGUCCUGGACCGAGGAGGCCGACUUCGAGCCCGCCGCCAAGAAGCCCCGCUCCGCCCCCGGCGAGAACCCCGCCGCCCAGGAGGACGACCGGCUCGGGAAGAAGGAAGUGUACGAUUACCUGCAGGAACCCCUCUUCCAGGCCACCCCGGAUCUCUUCCAGUACUGGUCGUGCGUGACCCAAAAGCACACAAAACUCGCCAAGCUCGCCUUCUGGCUCCUCGCGGUGCCGGCCGUGGGGGCCAGGAGCGGGUGUGUAAAUAUGUGUGAACAAGCACUUCUCAUCAAAAGGAGGCGACUGCUCAGUCCAGAAGAUAUGAACAAACUCAUGUUUCUGAAAUCCAACAUGCUUUAAGACUUCCGGAUGAAAAGAAAGAACAAAGAAAAAAGAAGAGGACGUUAGGAAAAAAAAAAAAAACCACACAACACUGUCGCAAACAAAGAAAAAGGAAUUUAAGUUCUAAACACUGUGGACCUCAUUAUAAAUGCCCCCUGGAAACUUAAGUGCUUUUUUCAGUGUGUGUGUGCAUGUGUGUACGCAGUCACGCGUGCGCACUUUGGGCGUGGGCGGCUCUGCUCAUCCGUGUGGCCGCAGAACUGUCGCACACGCAUGCACACAUACACUCCCCUGGUGCAUGUACGCACGCCUGCUCGCGGGCGCGUGUGCAUUAAACUGGGCGUGUCAGGAAAGCUGAGUGUUUGGGAAAGAGGGAAGAUGUUUCACCUCCUUUUCUCAGUAAGGGGGCUUUAAAAGACUCCAUGUUCAGGUGCGCAGGUUGGUAGAAAACUGAUGUAAAACGUUCAGGCAGCUGAGAUCUGAAGUGACUUGACGCUCUCUGUCCUUCACUCUGUGGUCCCCCUUGCCCUCCGUCCCCGUCCCCAAGCCUUCCUGACCCUAUUGCACCCCACCCCUCCCCGGCUGCCCUGCCAUGGAUUCUCCAAACUGCAUCAGAUGGACAGCUUCUGCACUGGACUUUGUUCUCGUUCACCUUCAGGGCAUUGAGCUGCUGCCUUUGUGAUACCCUUGGGUGUCAUGGGGCAGCCGCCUUAGAAACACACCUAUCUAUCUCCCCAAAUCAGGAAAGGAGACUUUAAGAAUAUAAAGCUGACCUUUUGCUUUUUAAUAUAAGAUAGAAAAAAAAGACAUUUUUCAAAGAAGUAUAGAUACUGUCUCCACUCCUUAAUAUUUUUUUUCCUAACAUUUUAGCAGUUUUUACUUUUUUUUUUUUCAAAUUUGAUUUAGGCUCUGCUAGGAGGCACUGAAUGUCUGUAACUUAUAUUUUGGAGGGGGUUUUUUUGUUUGUUUUUUGAUUGCCCUUUUUGUUCCUCAAGUCACACUGUAAACUAGCUCAUCUCAGUGGUAUAUUCAGUAUCCUAAGGUUUUCAUUAGACUUCCCCGUACAGUCCAGUUUUCCUGUAUUCGAACAGCCAAGACCAUGAACUUGGUUGUGCUGUUUGGAGACCAGGAGUGAGGUUGGAGUCACAGGUUUCACAGACGUGGGGUUCGGUGGAAGCCAUAGGGAAGCAUGUGGCUUAGGAGUUCUCCUGAAUGUAAGCAGAAGACCGCCCUCCUGGCUCGCUGUGUCUGGUCCUGCGAAUGUCUGAUUUCUAUACCCAGAGUGCACUACACUACUCGCCACGUCACUGACCCUUCCAGCUCAGCAGGGACUCCUGAGUUGAUCCAUGUUCACGUCCAUCGCACCUCAGACCCACGGCCUCCUCUCCCCAGGGAUUCCGGCGGGUCCGCUGCCCACAGCCCUGGGGGGUCCCCACGCGAGCCUCAGCCCUCCUUCUAGGACAGUAGUUGAGCACGGUGCCUUGUGGGCCAAAUGAUGGAUGUUUUGAGGGUGAAAUGGCAUUAGGCCACAUUCAACUUGAUGCUGUGAAAGAGGUUUUCAGGCUUUGUUUCUCUGUGAGCAGUUUAGGUUCCACACACGGCCUAAAUGCCAACAGGGUGCCCCUUUCCCCUCUGAAGAGGUGGUUCCGUCAGGAUCAGUGCUCAGCCUCCCACCCCACCUCUCAGUGAACGAAGUGCUGGUGGUCCCAUAUCCCCCCGUGCCCACGGCUGUGGGAUAGAGACGGUUACACCAAGGCUGAGGAUGCCUGCCAUCGUGGGGGGCACAUUCUACCAUCUUGGGGGUUGACCAAGUCCACUCCAUCCCUUCCUAGUAACAAAACAUUGUUCAACUGUGAGAUACCUCGACUACAAAAAGCACUGUACGACGGCCCUCUCCCCCCGGUCCGUGGCAGUAAAGUUGGGGAAGUAAAGUUGAUUUGAAAACUCAAGGCUUAGGAUCAUGGACCGGAACACUGUCCCAAGUGUCAAGCCUGCUCACUUUGCCUCGUGAGAACUAACCCUCCCGAGUCUUGGACACACUGAAAGGCAUCAAAGUGGGCCGUUUCCCCAUUCACUCCAGCAAGCCAUGGUCUCAGGAACCACCACGCCAUUUCCUCUCCUGGAGAAGUUCUGGGUAUUAACUCCACGGCACUUCCAGUUGGGGUCACACCGUCAGAAGAGCCUCCGUCUGCACUGGACAGUCACCUCGUGUCGCUUCCUAGAGUAUAUGGGAGCAUCCGCAGACUUUUCGAUGAGACUUUUGGGGGCGUUCCAGAAGGUGGCUGCAGGGUUGCUGAUGGGUUACAGAUGCCUGCAGCAAAAGGCCUCCAACUUUGCUUUGCUGCUGGGGAAGGGUCCUCGACCUGGCACUCUGAACCACACGCGGAGGAUGGGAGCUACCCGUUCUGUGUGGUCAGUGGGAGCCAAGCCUUGGAGCCCAUCCUCCCUCUUAGAGCGGAGCUGUGCUGGUGUUGCCUCAUUACGGGGCCACUCGGUUAGUAAAUAGGCAUUUCACUUUCUUGCAGAGCCAUCAGGACCACGCCCUGGUAUCAGCGUUCUUCUCUUCAGAAAAAUUUAAGUCUUAACUAAAUUGCAGUUAUCUAGUCAUAUGUGUCACCUCCUGUCCUGUCCUCCUUUCCACCUCAGUUCAAUCCUUAGGGCUUGGCGUGCUCUGCAGAUGUGUUGUGAGUGCCACUAGGUCUCGGAAAGCUGUCUCCUGGGGCUGCCUCAUCCAGAUAUGGGAACAAGGUGGCAGGUAGUCAUUUCUCUCUUGCAGCCUCUGGUUCUUCAGAAACUCGUUGCCAACAGGAAAGGCUGUACCAAGGUGCCCCCUCCGUGUGCUUACUCGUGCAGAGCCCGCUGCAGUGAACAGCUUGAUAAAACCCAAAGAUCUCACAGGCCCAGCCACUGGCCCCACAUCUCCAGCAAUAUCCACCCUAUCCAAAUUCUAGCUUAGCCAAAGGAUUGAGGUCGGCGCUUCCAGUUCAUCUCCUGGCCCCUAGCCUGGCAUCGACCUUCGGAAAGUUUUUGUCUUCUGCCUCCCAGUUCUGUGACCACUAUGGGACUUUACAGCUCAAGGCGGUUGCCUGCUGACUUGGACACAACUUGCCUGAACCAUGUGAUUCCCAGGAUAGAAAUGGCCUUUGCGUUGACAUACACAGACCCCAGAGGGGAGGUGGAGAAAACACACCUCCACUCUGCAGGGUGUUCCCCCUCAUCUGAGGUCAGUUGGCUUCACCACCGAAGCCCAAGCCAAGGACCAUAGCCUCGUGGGUGGUCCCUCAGAUUUGAAGUAACUGGGGGGUCUCAGCUCCACCAAGAGCAGCGGUGCCGUCCCAGUCGCUGUGAGUGGAUGCUCUUGUGCCGACAUGGUUCUUUUUCCCCGUGCCCAGGUCCACCAGCCGGGCCUCCCUCCAGAUGGUAGUUAGAAACCAGGAAACGAAACAGAGGGGCCACUGGGCAAAGCUCCUUUCUGGCCACACUUCAUCUCGGGGUUCACGGCAUAGGAAGCCACCUACUGUGUCCACGGGCGAGGGCGCUUCGCCACCAACCUGCCUGACAGCCUCAUGCUUGGCGUUCGGGGUUUGGCUCUUGUCUGGGAAAAGGAUGUUGAGGUUUCCUGGUGAGGAGAGGACAGUCCGAUGACACAGUUGAGAAGUUCUGCGUCUCCAGAUGUCUGGGAAGGACUUUUUUUGACACCAGCUCUGUAGGCUGGCAAGCGUCUUCUCCUUCAGUUUGCUCCUUUCUCUCCUGCACUUUCGAGAAACACCAGAGAAAAACUCUGCAAGGCGUGUUUUCCACUGUGAAGCAGACCCCCUGCCUUUAGGGGUCCUCUAGGCUUGCGCCUGGACUUGGACUAGACUCCUUGGAAAGUGGGCACCUGAAGAGCUGUCAGGGAUGCAGCAUGCAUUCUUGGGGGCCACAGGUUCACAAGAAAGGUUUGGAAUGAACCUGGGAUGCGGAUGGAGAAGGGAGGUCCUGUGAGCCAUGGCCCAGAAGGGGACAGUACCUGGAUGUUGCCAUGACGAUGGAUGUGUUUGCAGAGACAGGAAGAGGAGGCACCCAAAGCACGGCCGGCGGUCUCCUCCUGCCCCCUGAGCCGGGCAAGUUCAUAGCUCUGCCCCUUGCCUUGGGCACAGCGACAGCGCCUCUGUCCCUGGGACGUACCUGAGGGAGGGCUUCUAGAAAGGCUGCUGGUUUAGAUGAAACCCAGAGGCCAAGUAAGGCUCAGGCUGUCCCCUGGAGACAGUGGGUGGAGGGCUCCUGUCUCGGCCCCCCUGUAUCCGGCCGGGCCAGUGGGAGAACUGGGAAGGGGCCUGCCCCCUCUUCACUGUGGCUAACGUUUGCUAGGCCAGUUAUGGUGAACCAAUGAUACAGUGUUUUCCCUUUUCUGUUUCCCACCGGGUUUCCCCUUUUCAGGGUUUUCUGGAGGAUUUUGUUGUUGUUGUAUUUCUUCCUCUGUCCUUUGCGUUUAAGGAUCGUGGUCCACGGAGCCCCGCCGUUCCCUGGAGGGGCCCUGUAGUUUCUGUGCGGAGAGGCACCUGCUCCUGCUUUGAUGAGGGUGAAGGGCAUCGGGUUGCUGUCUGUUAAUAUUCAUGCCCCUCCACCACCACGGGCGUUGCUUUAAAGGUUCAACUGCUGUACAGAGAAGGAUUUGCUGAGUUUGCAGCUGGGUGUCAGCAUAGGGGCCCUCCCCACCCAUGCGUCCCACUGGGUACCUUGACUCUUCGAACCAAAGUUCCUUUUAAAGGGGCACAGCCCAGCCUGGUCCGCAACCUCAGGGGCCUGGGAUCCCUGUGGCGCUUCCUGAAGUCCAGCUUGGCAAGAGACCGUGGGGUCUGAGGCCAGCUGGAAAGGGGGGCUCCUCCCACAACCCAGGUGCCAGCCGGUCCCUGCCUGGGACCCUUCCCUCCCACCCAGCCAGGGUGGCCGGGUCCCAAAGCGGUGAGCGAGCUCGUGGACUGGCACGGGGGCUGGAGACAGAGGGACCUGCGGGGCUGGGGGCUCCCAGACCCGCCGGGCAGUGCGUCCAGGGCCGUUCAGAUGCCGAGCAUCAGGAAAUCAUUUUGUACAACCACCUGAAGCAGAGAUAUUUUUUAAAAAGCAUAAAUUAUUUUCAGUUGUUUUCUGAUGAUCCUUCCUUUUUCUUUUCCCCGUAACUUUGCGUCGGUGAUUCUUUCACAUCAGGUAAAUCUUGAGAAAGCCUUGGUGCCCCUCCUUCCCAGGCCCCACUCGGUACCCAUGCGUGUGCACCCUCAUCCUUUCUCAGUAGUUAAGACGUUCUAGGCAAUACCACAGGCACAGCUGACUGUGUCUCUGUCUUCGAGUGCAAGAAACUCAAGUCAUCUUAAAAAAAUACAAAAAAAAAAAAUUUACAAAAAAACAAACACAAAAAAAAUAUCUUUUUUAGGCCAGAGUUUUCUACAGGUAUUAAUGAAUAUUUUUCUUAAUCCUUAUAAGUUUUAUGUGUUUAAUAUUUCUUAAUACCGGUAGCAUUAAUUUAUACUUUUGUAGCAACACAAUAUUUUUAUAAACAGCCAGUGCUUUGGCUCAAGUUUCCACAAGGGGUUUAUGCAGGGUUAUCUUGGGACCCUGUGUACCAUGUACUGUAUUUAAAAAAAAAGUUACCUAGUGUCACCCUUGCUGUGUUAAUUAACAAAAGACGUUGUUUGCGGUCUCCUGUGUCGUUGGUGUGGACCCAACAGUUCUCCAAGGAGUCACAUUGCAUGGGGGUUGAGUUGACAGUUCUUGUGAUAUGUGAACCCCCGAGACCAAACUUGAGGGUUUAUUUAGGCUUUUCUGUUUGUCCUUUGGAUUUUUGGUUUCAUUUCGUUUUGGUACCGUUUCUCCAUUUACGGCCAAAUCAGUUUUCUGGUGUUUAAAACUUUUACUGAUGUCAAAUGGAGGAAAGGAACAGGAAAAAAAAAAAAAAAGAUUUUUACAAAGUAAUAAAAUUUAAAACUGAGCUGUUUAAAUGUUGCUGUUUUUACCUGUCUGUUCUUGUCCAAAAGUGGGACAUUCCCAGGGAGAAGAGGAAGGUUCCACUUGGUUCUUUAAAUCGCCAAAAGCCCCCACCCAGAAAUCAGCACCCCCCUACCCCCCGAAUUCUUGCAACAUUAUUUCCUGGUUGGUUGAUGCCAAGGUAAAAAGACAUCCUUUUAAUGGUUAGAGAGGAUCAGUUGCUUAAAUGAUUUCAUGUCAGUGUUGUAUUUAUGGUUUUACAAUAAAACAACCUUUAGGAAGA